AUGUAUCAAGGACAGCUUCUAAGUCUGGAGGUCGCUCCCGUGGGGCGAAAAAGAGACGUAUUACAAAAUCACUAUCGUCCAGCGACACUGAAGCUGUUUUUAAAAGAGACGAAUUCUGAGACAGGAAAAGAGGUGACACCAUUAAUGGAUAAUUCUGGAGAGUUCGUAGUGCCAGGGCAUGAGGAAGCUCUUAGUAUGGCUGAGAGGCAAGUGGAACAAAUGAUUUGUGCUGCAAAUCAAAAACGAACUGCCCUGGGGCUACCUAAUUUAGUCGGAGAUGACAGCCGUUCGGCAAUGGCUCUCAACCAACAGGUUCUCGACGAUGUCGGAGUCAUACUGAUGGUAGCAGCCAAGUCGAGAAAUCUGAAAGGCACAUUUCAACGUGCCACGUCAAUAAAAACAGUCGUGGAGGUCCUACAUAAGAGGUCAGUGAAUGAAGAAACGGCGAAAUUGCAGCUGAAAACACCUGCCUGCGCAGUGAAAUAG